AUGUCAGUUGCUAGAGAAGCCAAAUAAAAAGAGUGGUUCUGUAAUAUAUUUAACACAACUCAAGAUAGACAGGAGUGUCAGCUGUUCACCCGCAAAAAGAGACAAGAUAAUGAAUCAGAUGGUUAAGUGAGUAGAUCGGCGUCAAGAUCUGCUUAUGAUAUGAGUGGAGAUAAAAGACAGGAUCUCUUUUACAAAAAGAAGGAAGGUGGGUUAUUCCUCUACGAGAGUGCAAGUUCCAGAAGUCUCAAUGCUUCACCAGGUUUCGGUAGUUCCAAGAGAGUCAAAGAUUCCUUGAGCAUGCAAAAAAUACUCCAGCCUUACUUGGCCCUCGAUGUGAUUAGAAAGACUAAAGAGGGCUUGAAGCCAAAUCUAGAAUUCAAUAACUCAUCCAGUCAGAAUAAAAAUGAGAAGACUUCUCACUCUAAUGGCAGAAUUUGCGGUACCACGAGAAACAUCUAAAAUCCCUAUUCCAGUGAAAUUAAAAUUGAAAGAUAGCUUGCUAAUGUGGAACAUGGGAAGACAAUGGAUAAUAGAUAUCAGCUCAAAAUGGACUCAAUUAAAGAAGAGGAUAACAGCAUUUUCAAGGGCUUAGGCAACAAUCACAACAAAUCAAUGAUCCAGGCGGCAGUGUGCCAAACUACCAAAUCUCAGAGAAAAGAUAUCAAUUUGACCACAUCUGACUGCAGUCCAAUCAAUAGCAACUCUAGGCAUAUGCAAAGUAUUCUUCAACAAAAUUAGCCAGCAUUGAAGCAAUUCAAGCCAGUAUUAUAAGACAGAUAAAACUACACUCAAGGAGAAAGCUAAAAUGGAUAAUAAAAUAAAAACCAAAGUCAAACUAAAUUUACUCCCUAUUUUAUGCAUGUAUUGAACAAUUCUAAGCAUGAAAAUCAUCUAACAUCAAGAAACUUCGACCAUUGCAGGAAACCAAGUAAUCUAUCGAAAUCUAUGAUAUAUUAAACGAAUCAAGAUUAGAAUGAGUGCUAAGAUACGACAGUCUUUAAGGGAAUCGGUCAAAAUCAUUAAAAAGAUAUGGAUAGGUCAUAGGGUCGUGAUAUUGGUAGCAAAGACAAAGGUUGUGAGAAAUAAAGAUUCUAGAUUUCAUCUGCUCAUGACUGGAAAACUGAGAUAUUCAAGGCAUCCGCAUCAGACAUAAAUCCUAAAGAAAUGGUUCAAUAGUAGUAAAGAUCUUAAUUGGACUCAAAUGAUCUUGUCAGCACACUUAAAACUACUGAGAUAUUCUAGAAGUAAUUUGGCCAAACUGGAGAACUUAAUAAGGAGAUAUUAAAGCCGGGGUAUCUUGAGACUAAUUGGGAGAAAUACUAAAAGAAUGAAGUUAUGGAUGAGAAGAAUAUAUAGAUACUGAGCCUUAAUAUUCAAUAACUACCUGAGGGGGAUGAGAGAGACAUCAUAAAAACCUUGUUUAAAAAUUAACAUGUCAUUUCAUUGAAGAAGGAUACUAACAGUAUCUCUGGUCUCUCUAGUGGCUCAGGGAAAGUUUAACUUAGGUGCAAGGAUAGGGUUCAAACCACCUAGAUCCUUUAAAACUUGAAUAAUAAAGGUAUCAAAUUUGAAGUCUAAUCUGCCAAAAAUCCUCAUGAUAUCACUGUAGAUCAUUCAAACGACAUCAAACGCAAGGAUCUUGAAGAUGUCUAGAAAAAUACCUGGCUUAAAAAUCUGAACAAAGAGGAAAAAAACUAGUAUGCUUUGAUCUAAAGCUGUAUCAACAGAUCUACCUCCUAGGGUAGUCUAAUGGAAAUUUCAGCCUGCUUGCAAAAUUAGAAGAAAGCAGGCAAGAGUUAGGUUAAAGUGAAGGAAUAUAAUGAUAACUAGUAUGGGUCUUGCACAGGCACCACAAAUUAUGCCUCGUCUUAAUAGAAUAACAGGUCAUUCGUGGAAUAUCUAAGUUCUAGAAGCAUCAAUCACCCUUUGAUGGCUCCGUCACAUAACAUGUCUUAAAUAAUUCAGAAUACUAGCAUUGAUGAUGGGCAUAGCUAUCUCUGUAGAUCUAUUGAAACUGCUGGAUUUAACUCGAUUAAUCAUAAGCAAGUCAGCACUCCAAAUAGACUGAAUAAAUCCAAGGGUGUCUUUGAAAAGAACAAAGAAAACUAACAGUAGUUUAUGAUAAAAAAUUAAAGCAUGGCCAAACUAAGUACUGCUGCCAGUCAAGAUCAUAGCAUAUCAGUACCUCCAAAGGUUUAGAGCUUUAAGAAGUAAUAAGAAAUGAUUCAGAGAUUGACAACUCAGAAUGCUCCUCAAAGUAACGAGAAAUAAGUGUUUUAAUAGAGAACAAAUCAUCUAAAUGUGCAAAAUAAUGCUAGCUCUAAUGGUGUAAAUGGCAAGUAAUAACCUGGCAAAUCACCUAAUGUUUCAUCUCUUAAUCCAAACAGCUCUUUAUUAAAACCAACUUAAUCAUCAAGAGGAAAGAGAAACUUUAUUUGA